UCAAGCCCUCCCCCUCCUACUGGCAGGAUGCAGUUGUUUGUCACUGCUGUCAUCGCUAUUUAUCACCUUCAGCCUCCUCCACGGAUUCUGGGAUAGGAUGUGCACGAUGUCAGAAAGUAACUUGCAUUGUCUGCUCUCGAACAUGCACUAUGCAAGACCCUUCCCCGCCAUCCACUGAUGAUUCACCUCCCUCAAAUAUGAUAUCGCCACGACAGAGAUUAAAGCAACUGAGCCGACUGUUGGCAGGGAACAGGCCGUCAAAAACACGACGACGACCACGAAAUCCUGGGGAGGACGAAGAGGAGGGCUCGUCAGGGUGUCAUCGACGCAUUUGUCGGCACUGUGUGGGAAAAGAAACUGCAUGCUAUUCCACUUGUUUGGAUUGUUUGGCUCAGUUACCACCACCUCCGACCUUCUGACGCAUAUUUCACCCUUUCCGCUCUCCUAUCAUUCUCGCUAUCAGAGUUGCAUGAUUGCACGCCUGUGAUUCCAUUGUUUGUAUUCAUCUAUUUAUC